GGGGGGCUCCCCCCGGGCCCCCACGGCCUCCACCUCCACGAGUUCGGGGACCUCUCGAACCCCCCCGACAGCUGCGGGGGCCACUUCAACCCCGAGGGCGAGUGCCACGGGGGACCCCAGGACCAGCGGCGGCACCUGGGGGACCUGGGCAACGUGUGGGUCGACGGCCAGGGCAGGGCCAGCUUCCGCAUGGAGAUGGAGGGGCUGAAGGUCGAGGACAUCGUCGGGCGCUCGCUGGUGGUGGCGGCGGGGGAGGACGACCUGGGCCGGGGCUGCCACCCCCUCUCCCGGGUCACCGGCAACUCGGGGCCGGGGCUGGCGUGGGGGGUGGUGGCCCGGGCGGCCGGGCUCUUCCAGAACCCCAAGCGGGUUUGUUCCUGCGACGGCCGGACCCUCUGGGAGGAGCGGGAGCGGGCCGCGGCCACCACCGGCCCCACGGUGGCCACCAGCCCCACGGCGACCACCGGCCCCACGGCGGCUCCCUGCCCCAUGGCCACCCCGGCCCCCCACCUCUAGGGGUUCAGCAAUAAACCGUAACUCGCCCUGCG